AUGCCUAAAUUCAACCCGCCAGAAUCGUUCGACUUUAGCCGACCAAGCGAGUGGCCGGAGUGGAAACAACGAUUUUGCAGGUACCGAACCGCCACGAAACUUGACAAGGAGGAUGAAGCCAUCCAAAUUAGUUCAUUGAUAUAUGCCAUGGGACUGCAGGCGGAACACAUAGUUAAGUCUUUCGUAUUUGGUGACGGGGAAGAUGAGACAAAGUUCGAGGUAAUUCUGAAGAAGUACGAUGACUAUUUUGUACCCAAACGUAACGUGAUUCACGAAAGGGCCAAAUUCCACCUGAGAUCGCAAGCUCAAGGAGAAUCAGUCGAAACUUUUAUUCGUUCACUGCAUGAACUCUCAGAACAUUGUGAUUUUGCUAACAGAUCCGAGGCAAUCCGAGAUAGACUUGUUAUUGGCAUCAACGACAAAGGACUAUCAGAGAAACUGCAGCUAACCAAGGAUUUGACUCUUGAGAAAGCGUCAGAAAUGGCCAGGAAUUCUGAAUUAGUGAAAUCUCAAAUUAGAGAUCUACAAUCCAAAAAUUUGGAUGCGGUACGGGUGAAACGUCAUACUCAAGAUCCGCCACACCAAGUAAAUCGUGGAAGAGGUGCGCAACGGACUCGCGGUGGACAGUCUAGUCGCGGCAGAGGAUCUAAUAAUCAGAACCGACAGAAUGCGAAUUUACCGUUGUGUGGAGCGUGCAAUUGUAAACAUUACGAGGGUCAGUGCCCAGCUCAUGGACGGCGAUGCAGAAAGUGCAACCGUAGGAAUCAUUUCGCAGUGUGCUGUCGUUCCAACACUGUUGCCGGUGUUCGUGAAAUUGUCGACGACGACAAUGAUCAUCAUGACUACUUUCUAGGUUCAGUGACCGCGUGCAACGAGGGAGAACCGUGGUUUGUUAAACUUAAAGUUUGUGGUUCAGAGAUUCCGUUCAAGAUUGAUACUGGUGCUGACAUUUCCAUCAUGUCAGAAUACACGUACAAAUCGCUACCAUUUCAACCAAAAUUACAUGUGAACAACAGCAAACUACAAACGCCAAACGGUGAUCUUCACUCACUUGGAAAAUUCAAGGUUACUACUCGACAUAAGAAUCAUCCUUAUUCAUUUCACGUAGUUGUGAUUCCAAGCACCGACUCUCAGAAUAAUCUUCUAUCAAGAUCAGUUGCGUCUACCAUGGGUCUCAUUCAGAAGAUAGGAAGUGUCAUAGAACAUCACGGUACUAUGAAAGGUGACCCAGUGAAAAUUGUUCUCCGAUCUGAUGCGCAACAGUAUUGUGUUACGACUGCUCGACGAAUACCGUUCGCUCUUAUGCCGAAAGUGAAAGCAGAACUCGACAAACUAGAAAAUGAUGGUAUCAUUCGUAAAAUUAAUGAACCUACUGACUGGUGUGCACCAACGGUUCCAGCAACAAAGAAAAACGGUGAUGUGCGUAUUUGCAUCGAUCUGAAGCGUCUUAACGAAGCCGUUAAACGUGAGUACUACAUGCUACCGAAUCUGGACGAUAUCUCUCCGAAAUUAAGCGAAGCGACCAUAUUCUCUAAAUUGGAUGCAGCAUCAGGAUUUCAUCAACUUAAACUGCACGAGGACAGUCAAAAAUUGACUACAUUUAUUACUCCUUUUGGAAGGUACUGUUACACGCGCGUACCGUUCGGAAUCUCGUCAGCACCCGAGAUAUUCCAAAGGCGCAUGGGAGAAGUACUAUCUGGGUUGGAAGGCGUAGAGUCGAUAAUAGAUGACGUCAUCAUCUAUGGAUCUUCACGCAAUGAACACGACCGCAGAUUAAAAGCAGCAUUGGAUCGUAUUAGAGAUGCAGGGAUCAAACUAAAUCCCAACAAGUGCGAAUAUCGAAAGGAGAAAAUUGAAUAUUUUGGACACAUCAUCUCGAAAGAUGGUGUUCAACCUAGUCCAGAACGUGUGCGCUCUAUUCUGGAUUUGCCACCACCGACUAACAUCAGUGAGUUGCGUCGUAUUAUCGGGAUGAUCAAUUAUCUUGGUCGAUUUGUUCCUGAUCUAUCCAGUAUCAUGAACCCUAUCAAUAAUCUGUUAAAAUCAGACACAGCGUGGACUUGGGAUGAAUCUCAGCAAAGUGCGUUUGACCGUGUGAAGAAACUCAUUACAGAAGCGCCAGUACUUGCAUUUUACGAUAUGACUCGACCCACUAUCGUUAGUGCGGAUGCAAGUAGUUUCGGUAUCGGUGCAGCGCUAUUUCAAGUUGUGGAUGGAGAGACUAAAACCAAUCGCAUUUGCGUCUCGCACACUUACCGAGGCAGAGCUCCUCAUUAUCCUCAAGCAAAUGGAGAGGCAGAGAGUGUGGUUAAAGUAGCCAAACGAAUACUCAAACAGCCGGAUGUAUUUCUAGCCCUAAUGGCUUACCGCAGUACCCCCGUACAUGCGACAGGUACUAGUCCAUCUGAACUCAUCAUGGGACGUAAAAUCAGAACUACCGUUCCGAUUGGUUCUGACCAACUAGAGCCUGGAUGGCCGGACCUAGGAAAAGUUAGGGAAAAGGACAGACAAUCCAAACACAGGAUGCGUGUAAACUUCAAUCGUAUGCAUGGAGCUCGCAUUUUAAAACCACUUUACGUAGGUGACCGUGUUAGGGUGAAAACUGAUAAAGAAAAGUCUUGGGAUGAGGCAGGAAUCGUCACAUCUGCUGAUUACGCGAACCGCUCAUACUUUGUGAAAACUCUCAGUGGAGACCUCAGGAGAAAUCGUAAGCACUUGCUUCAUGUCAAUGAUGAAAUGCAAGAUUCAUCUGUGCCAAGUGAUUUUCAGUGUUCUUCCGCUAUGGAACCGGAACCGGAAAUUCCGAUGGGGAACCAGAAUUCAGAGGAAUCGCUGUGUACCGAAACAACCACACCACUUACCAAUGAAACUCCGAGUGUACCUGUUACGAACAUUCCACAGAGUAGCACUCCACCAGCUACCGUAAGGCGUAGUGGUCGCGAAAUAAAACGCCCCAAAUACCUAAGUGACUAUUUGCUGUGA